AUGUUAUUGCUUGCUGCAUUAGAGAGACAAGUGUUCGAUUUCCUGGGAUACCAGUGGGCCCCUAUCCUAGCCAACUUCCUCCACAUCAUCAUCGUUAUCCUUGGCCUGUUUGGCACUAUUCAAUAUAGACCUCGCUACAUAGUGGUGUAUGCCAUCUGGACUGCAGUGUGGGUCACCUGGAACAUCUUCAUCAUCUGCUUUUACUUAGAGGUGGGAGGGCUCUCAAAGGACAGUGAACUCUUGACAUUCAACAUCUCCCGGCACCAGUCAUGGUGGAGUGAAAAUGGUCCUGGCUGUGUAAGGAAGGAGGCUUCGAUGUCUGGCAUCAAAGGGCUGGAUAGCCAUUCCUACAUCUCUGUGAUAGGCUGUGCCCUGGAGUAUCGGUACAUCGAGGUGAUGCACAGCUCCUUCCAGAUCCUGAUCGCGCUGGUGGGCUUUGUCUACGCCUGUUAUGUUGUUAGUGUUUUUACAGAAGAAGAAGACAGCUUUGAUUUCAUUGGUGGAUUUGAUCCAUUUCCUCUCUACCAUGUCAAUGAAAAACCCACCAACCUUUUGUUCAAGCAGACAUACCUGCCUGCGUAAAUAAAGAGGAGCCAGAGAAUGGACAAACCUUGCACUCCACCAUCAAAGGUGCUGCAGGAAACAGUCCCGUGUGGCCUGGAUCUUUGGCAGAGGAAAUGCAGGAUGGUGAACUCCAUUCCAUUUUUUGUUCCUUCUUUUCCAAAGCAAUGAAUGUACAUUGAAGAAUGGCCGUGCGGUUGGUUUUUAAUUCUCCAAGUGCCCCGAUGAACCAUUCCUACCAUCGCCUGGUGGUACCAGCCAACAAAAGGCACAGGCCUGAAGACCUCGGGCAGAACAAGUUCACCGAGAGCCUCUCUCAAGAGGUACAGUUCAAGUCGGAGCUGCUUCCUUGCGCCACGGAUCCACAAAGAAGGAAGCACUGCAUAACACCCUGGGACGUUUCAUGUUUUGUUAUUAGCUUCUUCCCCUUCUCCUUUCCCUUGUUCUGAAAAGAGCCUAAAUCCCCUAACACAACUUCAUCUCCUCCCUACCUGUAUAGAACUAGGUGGGGGCUAUUUACAUUUGAGUUAUUUAGGCUUUUUCAUUUUUUUAAGUUAUAGAUGAGAGCUCUUCCCUUCUUCCCC